CGGCGGCGUCACGGGGAGAGCGGCGCGGCCGAUGGGUCGGCCAGGUGCGCCCCUGGAGACGCCGCCCAGCCUGGCCUCGCCUCCGCCUGGCAGGUGGCGCCGCCCGACCAAUGGCUGCUCGCGGGCAGGACGUUCCGUUCUCGUAUCUCACCUGCCUUUCCUGUGACAGGUGGGGUGGAUUUGGAGCACGACCAGGUACACAGGGAGAGAGUCUGAAGUGAGCCAGGACGACACUUUGCAGUUCCUCUACCACAGGAAGCCAAACUCCAGUCUCACCAUGAACUCUGGAAGACGAGGGGAACCCCCUGGCAAAAUCCCUGCCGCUCAUUCUCAGCAGCCCUUGAGGAUCCUCGUGGUAGACAUUUGUGCUCCUCACUGGACCCACACCUGCCACCAGAUCUGCAAAGCCCUGGAAAACGUCCUCGCCCUGGCUGGCAGCCUAGCAGGCCCACCCCGCAUCCCGCUACUCAGCAUCUAUGUGGCCCAGAGCCAGCCUGAGUGCCUGCUGCCUUUUGUGCCGGUGAGAGGGGGCUUUGCCCAGCUACAGAGAAGCCUCCUGGAGCUCCGGGCCUUGCCCACGGAAGGGGCGUGCCAGCCCAGAGGGGAGGCGGUCACCCAGGCCGUGAAGGAUGGGCUGCAGCAGUUCAAGCAGCUCUCCGGGCGGAGCACCACCAGCGCCUCCUCCCUCGGCAGCUUUUCCGUGGAGAUCACAGUCCUGACUGGCCAAGUUGGCGCAGAGAUGGUCAAGCAACUGGAGGCGGGGCUACGGGGCAGCGACCUGGCCAGUCUACACCAGCUGCAGGUGGUCGUAAUUGGCAGGGAUUCGUUGCCAGGCCCAUCGGGCGCAGAGGGGCUCAGCCGUGCCAGAGAGGAAGUCAGCUGCAGCGAGAACUCCACGCUCCACCCAGGCACCGCCAUUGACCUCCAGGCCGUAGAGAACGAUCUCGUGGCCUUGGAAACUUUUUUCAAAGCUUGGCUACAUGACUACAGCACAGAUCAAGAGCACCUGAACCUCCUCUUACCUGCUUGCGCAGCAGGGGCCAGCUCAGCGUGUGUGAAAUGCGACAUCCAGGAGAGGCUCCUCAGCCCUUCGCUGCUCCCCACGGCCUGCAGCAGCAGCCUGGAAAACCCCGACGAUGCCACCAGCCCCUUCUGGAGGACAGCUGGCCACAGCCGGGCACCGCACAGGCUCCGGAUUGUCAGGGCCCUGAAGGCGGAAGGGCUGUGCGCAUCGCUGCUCUUUGGGCUCCCUCUCAUCAUCCGGCCCACGAGUUGCUGGCAGCUGAACUGGGAUGAGCUGGAGGCCAACCAGCACAGCUUCCAGGCCCUCUGCCACUGCCUGCAGGAACGGGAAUGGGCGCUUCUGGCCCGGAGUGAGCCCUGGGAGACCGGCCCUGGCUGCGGCCCAUCAGCAAGCUCCUACCAGGUCCUCCUGCCCUCCAAUUCCGCUUCGCUGCUGCUCCAGUCCGUUGCAGUCCGAGAGCUCCUGCUGCCCUGCCCCGCCCCUCCCCUCCCUGACGAGCCGCCUCAAGCAGCACUCGGCCAAAUGGAGAGCAUCCUGGAGGGGCUGCAGGUAGAGCCCACCUACAACCCCCUGAGCGUGACGAGUCACCUGUACGGGGUGCUGAGAAGCAGCCUGGGAAAGCCACAGGUCUGCAGGCCACAGCGCACGGCUGGACGGCACCUGCCCCGCCAGCAAUCCAGCCGGCAGCACCAGAGCAAGGCCAGGGCGGCUGUGGCUCCCCUGCGCAUGGCCCCCCCACCGGCGAGCCCCAGACCCCUUUCUCUGUGCUGCGGAGAGGAAGAGGACUUCCUGGACUCCCCCUAGGAUCAGACUUGCAAGACCCACUGCACCCCCAGAGCCCCUCAGCACAGCCCCCCUCUGGCCCCCUCUGCUUGCCAGGAGCACGGGACCCCUUCCCCCGCCUCAAGCCCUCGGCCUGCGUGGC